UUUUUUUUUUCUCACAAUUUGUAGUAUUUUUUGUUCACGUUUUGACAACCAUUUUUUUUUUUUCUGCCCUUUUUUGUUUAUCGCUUUUAGUAUACGACCUUGCUUCGCAUUCCCCUGAAGGUAAAUUAAAAAGGGGGUAAAGUUAUCAGGAGUGGAAUUCCAAAAGGGAGGACGCCUUCAGCCCUUGGGUAAAAUUACAGCAGUGAAUUUUCGUCCCCUUUUGUGGAGCUUCUUCCUCCUCAUCCGUGGGGGGAGCAGCUCGGCUGUUCUGCAAUUUGACGACUUUCCAAAUUGACGGCUUCACAGAAACCGCUAUAACAUUUGGGGGGAAAGCAAAAUGGCGCGGAACGUUGAAAAGGGGAGGUCGAUGCUGAACCAGUGGCUGAAGGCCAAGGAGCUCAGUGAACAGAAAAGUUUUUUUAAAAUUCCCAAGAGGGUUAAUGAAGUGGAAGAUUUGGAGACCGCUGUGUCCCGCAGACAUAUCAUCAAAGAAAUAUGCAACAAAAUAAAAGAGAUCCAAAACUACAGUUUGAGCGACCAGCAUAUAAGGGAGCUGAACGACCAGAUAAAUAAAUUAAUAUCUAUAAAAAAUAAGUGGGAAAUUCGGAUAAUAGAGCUCGGUGGACCGGAUUACCAAACGGAGUCGAACACGCUGAUCAACGCGCACUGUAAGUUUGCACGCAGCGAACUGAAGGGAAACAACAACUACAAGUACUUCGGGGCGGCGAAAAACUUGAAGGGCGUAAAGGAACUACUAUUAAAAGAAAGCGAUGAUCGGAAAAAGUUUAUUUUAAAAAAAAAAAAAGAAAACAGAUUUUUCGAUAAGUAUGUAAAUAUUCACUACUUCGGUUAUUGUGAUGAUCAGAAUGAAAUGCUACUGAAGGAAGAAUUGAAAAUGCAGGAUCGACUCGAAAAAAACGAUUUAAAAACAUUAAAAAGGAUGAGAUCACUAAAAAAUUAUAAUUAA